UCCCGUGCAGAUCAGAUGUGUUGGUGGUGCUUCAUCAGACCCCUCCCACUCCUCCUCCUCCUCCUCUUCCUCUGCACAGAACCUGCCCUCCCCAUCUGAGGAGCGCACUGUUCCUCCUCUCAGCCACUGUGGACUUACACGCUGCACCAAACACAGGAGAAAGACUUUUUUUUAAUAGAGAUCCAAAUCACCUGACACACACCUUUGGACAUUUUCCCGCCUUGGCGUGUCAUCAUCAGCAUCAUGAACUCUGCGUGCUUCUUCGUCUUCUUCUUCUUCUUGCCUGUUGCUCUCAUUCUGAUGGUGAGGCCUUCCUCUAUCAGUGCGGUUUCAACCAGAAGGUGUCAUUCCAUCUACAAGAGCUUUGCUGAGUGUCUCAUGGCUUUGGGCGACAGUCUGACAGACAACGCACGCAAGGAUGAAGACACACAUGAGAUACAUUCCAUCUGCAGGUCGUGGGAUGAGUUUCACGACUGUGCCAACGCAGCUAUGGCCGCAUGUCCGGAGGAUGCCGCAACGGUGUGGGAGUCUCUCCGCCAGGAAUCCAAAAAAAUGCAGUUUUCAGGAAACCUCUACGACAUGUGCUCCAACCGCAACAGUCACACGUUAACCUCAGCGUCCCCGCACGGUUCCCACAUCCAGGGCGAGCUCAACCAAGAGUCUUUAAGAGGGCGAGGUCGUCAUUUGACAGCCCGUUACCACCUUCUCAUGCUUCUGUCUCUUCUUCUGUUCCAGUUGUUUUGAACAGGACUGCCUCACCACAAUGGGACUUGUGUAAAUAUGAACUUUGUGCAUUUUCUUCUUCAACCUCAAUGUCCACCUUAUUUCCUCAACGUAAGAAGAGAGGCAUGCACGCUUUCAUUCAGUAUUUUAAUCUUUCAUACGAUGUGCUGAACUACAACAUGUACAUAGUGGAACAGAUGUUUGGAGCAGAUGAGGUAGAAAUGCUCCUCUGCAACCACAUAUUGUCACUGGGUUCUCCAGAGACACAAUUUUGGAUAAGUCAGACCCAUUUAUGAGUCAUUGCAUGAAAUUCCUGGAUUGAUCAGAUCCCGCUAGAAUUUAAAACUGCCCACACAUUUGAUCACACUCAAAAAUAAUGAUAAUGUAAUAAUUUUUUCGGGCUGAUGCAGAUACCGAUUUUUUUUCCAUCACCCUUAGCCAAUGGCCGAUUUUGCUUGGGCCGAUAUUUGUGGCCGAUACUGCUAUUGUUCCCUAAAUUUACAUGAAAAAAUGACAAUGGUAGGCUGCACGGUGGUUGAGUGGUUAGCGCGCAGACCUCACAGCUGGGAGACCAGGGUUCAAUUCCACCCUCUGCCAUCUCUGUGUGGAGUUUUGCAUGUUCUCCCCGUGCAUGGGUUUUCUCUGGGUACUCCGGUUUUCCUCCCACAUUCCAAAAACAUGCUAGGUUAAUUGGCGACUCCAAAUUGUCCAUAGGUAUGAAUGUGAGUGUGAAUGGUUGUUUGUCUAUAUGUGCCCUGUGAUUGGCUGGCGACCAGUCCAGGGUGUACGCUGCCUCUCAUCCAGAAUCAGCUGAUGGAGCCUACUCUCUCGCCCGAAGACAACUGGGAUAGGCUCCAGCACCCCAGUGACCCUCGUGAGGAUAAGCGGUAGAAAAUGAAUGAAUUAAUGAAUGAACAUGGCUGUGGUUAGCGCGCAGGCCUCACAGCUCAGAGACUCAGGUUCGAUUCCCUGCUCGGGCAUCUCUGUGUGGAGUUUGCAUGUUCUCCCCGUGCAUAAGUGGGUUUUUUCUCCGGGUACUCGUUUCCUCCCACAUUCCAAAAACAUGCUAGGCUGCAUGGUGGACGAGUGGUUAGCACGCUGGCCUCACAGCUAGGAGACCUGAGUUAGAUUCCAUCCUCGGCCAUCUCUGUGUGGAGUUUGCGUGGGUUUUCUCCCACAUUCCAAAAACAUGCUAGGUUAAUUGGCGACUCCAAAUUGUCCAUAGGUAUGAAUGUGAGUGUGAAUGGUUGUUUGUCUAUAUGUGCCCUGUGAUUGGCUGGCUGGCGACCAGUCCAGGGUGUACCCCACCUCUUGCCCGAAGACAGCUGGGAUAGGCUCCAGCAACCCCUGCGACCUUAAUGACAAUAAGCUAAUUCAUGUAAACUAAUAUCCUGUCUUUAUAAAUGGUAUUGUCAUUGACGCAAAAACGCAACUCUGAAACCCUGAUGUCACUUCCUGUCCUCCUCAAAUUGACAGCAAAACACACAAGUAUGAGUUUUAUUUGUCUUUUGAUUAUUUUGUCCGAUUUUUUCCAGUAUAGAGGAAUUUUUUUUUGCAACAAAUAUUCCCUCAUUGUUUGUCUGAAUAUUGAAUAAAUAGAAAUAGAUAAGAAGUGGACUGCAGGGCAUAGUUUAGUUGCUGGCAUGACACAGUAGUUUCCUGGAAAGCAAACUAUAACUUCUGUAGCUCAAAUCACUGGAAAGUGAAAGUGUGCUUGAGCUGUUUUUUUUAAUUGGUUCUUGCCCAGGUCUGGAAUCCUCUAGGGCUCCUUUUCUUGGCAUCCCGCUCCAUAGCGCUACAUUAUGGGACCAAUAUGUGCUCCUGACAGCACUGCAGCCCUCAUCACAAGCUAAGUGUAUUUCAUGCUUGGAGGAAGUGUAAGUUUGAGCCCGUCGGCUUGCUGAAAAUGUUUGUUAUUCUAACUGGCGACGGGGAACAGAUGCUUUUGUCUGGCCGAGGAUCAGAAAUAUUGUCACUUUAGAGUCAGAUGGGGGGGGAGAAAAAAUAGAUGGAAAACAAUCACUGUUCCUCACGGUUCGAAUGCAGUAAACUGAAUCCACUGUAGAGUUGUGCGUGUUUAACACAAACGGCUUUAGGUUUUAUUCAGAAUCAGAAUCAGAAUCAGAAAAGGGUUUAUUGCCAGGUAUGAUCAAACACAUACUAGGAAUUUGUUUUUGGUAUAGUAGGUGCAGACACAUCUAUUAAAAAAAAAUGAAAAAUACAAAAUAUACAGAGGGUGGCACGGCGGUCUAGUGGUUAGCGCGCAGACCUCACAGCUAGGAGACCAGGGUUCAAUUCCACCCUCGGCCAUCUCUGUGUGGAGUUUGCAUGUUCUCCCCGUGCAUGCGUGGGUUUUCUCUGGGUACUCUGGUUUUCCUCCCACAUUCCAAAAACAUGCUAGGUUAAUUGGCGACUCCAAAUUGUCCAUAGGUAUGAAUGUGAGUGUGAAUGGUUGUUUGUCUAUAUGUGCCCUGUGAUUGGCUGGCGACCAGUCCAGGGUGUACCCCGCCUCUUGCCCAGAAUCAGCUAAUGGAUCCUACCCUUUUGCCCGAAGACAGCUGGGAUAGGCUCCAGCACCCCAGUGACCUGAAUUCGACCCCUACUAUAACAAAGGCUAAAUACAGUCCUCCACAGUGGUGCGCAAACACCAGGUUGAAAAGGUGCACUCAGGCGGCAAGCGUCUCUUGAGAUUGUGCCCUGUGAUUGGCUGGCGACCAGUCCAGGGUGUACCCCGCCUCUCGCCCGAAGACAGCUGGGAUAGGCUCCAGCACCCCCCGCGACCUUCGUGAGGAAAGGUGGUAGAAUAUGAAUGAAUGAAUGUGAGUGUGAAUGGUUGUUUGUCUAUAUGUGCCCUGUGAUUGGCUGGCGACCAGUCCAGGUUGUACCCCGCCUCUCGCCCGAAGACAGCUGGGAUAGGCUCCAGCACCCCCCGCGACCCUCGUGAGGAAAAAGCGGUAGAAAAUGAAUGAAUGAAAAUAUACAGAAUAACAGUAUAAAUAUAUGUACACAGUCUGUUUUUUGUUUGUUAUUCCGGAAAUGCAGUCUGAUUGUUUUUCCUAAAAGUCCAAACUGGGCGUUAAUGUAAUUCUUUUUGGUUUUGACUUGAAAUAAAUCAAGGCUGUCCUUUCAGCACAAUCUGUCAACGCACACAAGCCCUCAAAAAAACAAAUUCAUACACAUUUUUGAACAGGCGUGAAAAACCUAUGACAAAAAAGAUCUAAAGAAAGACAUAUUCUGACCCCCUUGCUUUGAGCUUAUCUAUUUUGCUAGAGGCAACUUCUCAAAAUGUACCUACAGGACAAGAACAUCAAACCAAGCUCUUUUCAAAUGGUAUUUGGAUUAAGUUAUGUAAUUUAUGUACAAUGUAAUUUAGGAUUUUAAUGUCAAAGCGGAGACUUUUCACCAUCAAAGCCGAGCAAAAAAAAAAAAAAAAAAAAAAGCAAGCACUUCUGGGUUAGAUUUGGGUCACCGGAACUGUGAGAACAUGAGCUAAAAACAACGCUAAUUUAAGCAAGAGCGAAGGAACACGGAAUGUAUGUGAUAAAAAUGACAAAUCUCCAAUCGAGCAGUUUUUACAUUUGGGGAUACCUCACCCAGUAGUGAUAUGCUAGGUCGGGUUUAAGAAGCUACUGUAGUUUUAAACUUUAAUUAAACUGUCAGAAUUAGUACUUGGGGGUGGAGAGGGGCCUUAAUCACCGACGUGCAGCAAUUUGGAAACCAUUUCUAUGCAGAUACGUUGUGGCCCUCGGAGGAUAAGUCUAAGGAAAUCAUGAUGAAUGGAUAUAAUGUGUGGAUUGUGUCAUCUCAUCCGAGCAGUUUUCAGCAUUCCAAGACUGGAUAGGACAGCUCUAAGGUAGAGGCACUUCCAAACAGAUCCUGCUGAUCCUGAUCCUUGAUGACACCUCCUCAGAUAAGAGGCUAAAUAUCUUCUAAUACAAUAACCAUGGCAUAUAUGAGUGGGAAAAAAGUUACCCUCCCAUUCAGUGUGGAAGUGGUACAUUUUUCUUAAGUUUAGAACAAAUGAAUUGGAGGCUGCAGUGACCCUGCAGUGAUAUUGUAGCCCGUGCAUUAGUGUUGCGCAAUGUCAUGUAGACACAGAACCGAGGUGUUAUUUCAUGUGUACGCUAAUGUGGGCGCUAAUAUAAAUAAUAAAAUAGGUUUUAACAUAGACAUAGACUUCCUUUAUUGUCAUUGCUCAAUAACACAGCUGUGAAAUUGCCAAUGAAAUGUCGUUGCCUGGCUCCUGUAUAAUAAUAAAUAAUAAUAAUUAUUAUAAUAAUGUGGAGAAUAAAUAGAUGACAUCAAAUAUGAACAACAAUGUACAGCAUAAACAGUGAUUUGAACAAAUAAUUUAAAUAAUUUUCUAUGCCCUAACAACAAAAAUAUUCAGUUUAUGAAUUUUUUUUCUUCUUUAUUUCAAACAUAAAAAACAUCCAAAGCACCACAAACCAACCAAAAUCAAUAAAAAUAAAAAUAAGUGCUGCAAAAAAUAAAGUGCUGCACAUACUAGUAAAAUAAAAAGUAAAAAUAAAAUACAAUAAAUAAAGGUACAAAUUGAAUUUAAUCCAAAACUAAAAGAUCAAAUAAGAAAUAAAAUAGUUAAAAUAGAUAUUAAAAUAUUAAAUUUAAUUUUUUAUUCAUCCUAUCGUACAUACAAAAAAAGAAAGAAACCACUCCAACUAAACAGUCACCACAGCAGUCAUCACAAGCUAACAAAGAUAUAAAAACAUCCAUGUUAUGAUAUUGUUUCAGUGAGAUUGAAAAAUAAAAGUACGUAAGAGAAAAAAUAAAAAAUAUUCUUUCAAAUAUCUCAAAUUAAAUAAUCACACUUGAGUCCUACUACUUCCAAAUUGUCACUGCUAUCCCAACUACAGUGUUUUUCACUUCCACUUAUUUUAUUUAUAAAUUAAUGUAUUAAUUUAUUUUCAAUUAUUUAUUUUUUUAUAUUUUAUUUUUUAUUGUUUUAUUUUUUAUAUAUAUUUUUUUAAUUUUCUAUUAUUUUUUUAUUAUUUUUUUUUAUCCCUUUUACUUCUUGAAUAUUAUAUUUAAUCCUAAUUUGUGGAAAUUCACUUACGUCUAGAACCUUUCAAUACAUAUUAUUAUUAUUAUUAUUAUACACUUUUAUUAUCAUUUAUUAUCUGCCUGGGUCAUUAGAACUGUCAUAUUAUGGUUACACUGUGAUUACAUGCUGGUGCUCUCCUUAGGCUUCACACACGAAAAAAUGAAGUAGGAAUGGGGCUUAUUGUUUCAUGAUUUAAUAUGGUAAUACUGAAAAUAAAAUACUGUAUAUGCAUAUACAGUACACAUAAUAUAGUAUUACAUUCAAUUUGUUUAAUUUCUCAUUGUAUUGUGUUGAAGUCCUGGAGCGCUAUGCAGCAUAUCAAAUACUGUGAAGCAAAGUUUUAUAUCCACUUUUACAACAGAAAAUUCCUAAUUCUAAUUUUCACAGAAAAUACAAAUUGAGCUUAAAAUCAACACUGCAGAUGUAAAAAAUUCCGACAUCAAGUUUUAUCACUGCAGUAGACGUAAAUGAAGGUCUGUGUGUUUUACGAAGGUCGUUUGACGCAUUCCGAAGUGUCAUUGUGGCGUAAAAGAGCUUGUUGAACUAAUCAGCACAAAUCACUUUCCACUUGUAUUUAUAGCUGAUUAUAUAUCACUCUACUCAGAUGUACUCUGACCUGAAGAUGUUGUACAGCAUGCGGUACAAAGCGUUCUAUGUUUAUCAGUGUUGCAGCAAUCGAACAGCAAUUCCAAAACUGGUGAUCCGUUAUGUAAAAACCGACUGGCGCAAAACUUAGUAGUACUGCUGUUCUCGUUCUGAACGUGACAUCAAUCAUGAAAGAUGGACUUUACCUGGGAUUGAAAGUGGGUAAACCGCUCGAUGUAUUUGCAAAAGCAUGUACACAGAUCACAUGAUGUGUAUUCUCUACGGACAGAAGUAUACUGUACACUGUGUAUAUACUCAUUCUGCUGUUAAAUGUGUAUGCUUUGCCCUCAAAUUGUACUUUAAUGUCUGCUCUGUCUGUUAUGAUACAGUAUCUGUCUCAGAUACAGUAUCCUCUGAUAUGUCUAUAUAUAUACCACUGUAUGUUUUGCUACCUUUAUAGAAAAGGAUUA